AUGGGACGACACAACACGUACAAUUUAAAAACAAACCAACCUGGUCACCGCAGCAAUGAAUCAGAACGAGGCCACCAAACCGGGUCGCAAAUACCCGCUGCCGGCAGAAGCGGUCACAGUAUUGCCCUAUCAUUACAACCAAAUCCACGCGCGUAUAGACGCGCAGUCCAGGCAGUGGCUCCUGGAGUCCAGUCUGUUUACGCCGGAGCUGGUCGCAAAUACCCGCUGCCGGCAGAAGCGGUCACAGUAUUGCCCUAUCAUUACAACCAAAUCCACGCGCGUAUAGACGCGCAGUCCAGGCAGUGGCUCCUGGAGUCCAGUCUGUUUACGCCGGAGCAGUACAACCGGUUGGCCAACACCGGGCUAUACACCGCUUAUUUCUAUCCUUUCAUUACGGAUGAGGACCGGUAUGAUGUGCUGAACCGGCAAAUGAUCAACUUUAAUAUCAUUGAUGACCACUUGGAGACCCCGUACGGCGAUAUUGACCGACAGGCGGCCAAAGCGAGUCCUAUACUGGACCAGCUCUAUCAGGUGUACGCUAAGCUGUUGGCCGGACCACAGGGCGAGCACGUGUCCGCACACCACUGGAAGCCCUACGUGUUGGGCAGUUAUGCCAUUCAGGAGCAUAUUUUCAGCGCUCUGAAUGAUGUCCAGCGCCGGCGGUUUAUACAACUCUGGACCGAAUGGACCGACUCUAUGAUGACUGAAUGCCUAGAUUUGAAUAAUAAAAAGGAAUAUGGCCAUCUCGAUGAAUUCUACGAGGUAAGGAGAAUAUCGGUGGCGUUUAUGCCGAUAUACCUUAUGUGCGAAUACGCGCACAAUCUGUUCGUACCGGAAGACGAGUGGCGUAACCCACGCCUCCAGCGACUGUUCAAAGUGCUGUCCAAAGCGGGAGUGAUGUGUAACGACAUCUACUCCUUCGAGAAGGAGGUGUUGGACGCGGGCGGACGAGUGGACGGCGCCUACAACGGGGUGUCUGUGUUGGUCCGUAUGCACGGCAUACCAGUGGUGGACGCUAUGCGCCGAUUGGCUCGCAUGUGUCGUGAGCUGGAGCUCGAGGCGCAAGAACUGGUCCGUGAAAUACAGUCGGCCGACUGGGCGUGCGCUGACACCCGCGACUAUGUUCAACGAUUGCUAUGGAUUAAUGGGGGUAAUUGGAAAGUGUGCACUAUUUUAGAUAGGUCCCUGUCCAGUGUCCAGGGCAGGGGUAAACCUUGA